AAAACAGAAGUUAUAUGAAAAAAUAUUUAAUGAAAUUGAAAGAGAAGAAAGGAUUUCUGAUUUAAUUGAAAAUAAUAAGUUUGACAAGUUGAUAAAAGAUUCGGAUUUAAUAUAUCAACAAAAAACAAUUUUACAAAAUAGUCGAAAUAGACGAUUAAAUCUAUUACAA